UCAAAAAUAGAAAAGUGGUGUAUUGUGCAUUGUGCAAUUUUCUAAGUGGAUUUUUACCCAAAAUAGAAGAUGUAAACGCAUUGAAAUUGUGUGCAUCUCAUACAAAGGGACUCAUUUGUGAGAUUUCAAUUGCAAAUUCAAUCGGGUUUUCCCAUUCUGACUUUGUACUACGGUGAGAACGGAGAUUUUUGGAUUUUGUGAAUUUUCUCGUGUUUUCCUGGGCGCAAAAGUGCAAAAAAGCGGGCAAAUAGGACACGGAAAGGACUUUCAGGAGUGCGAGAGUGAAAAAGUGCCCCAAAUAGAAGGCUAAUUGGGGCCUUACGUGUGUAGUUACAAGGGCAGUGGCCAAUGCAAUUGAAGGCAACAAAUUCGUCGCAUUUUCACUAAUUUUCCUGCCACUAAUUUCCACCAACGGGUCUCGGGACGCACGGAAAAGUGGCCAGUCAUUCCCCGGAAAGUGUGACGCGUGGGGCGUAGGGGCUGUGUUGAAACAGAUGGACAUUUUUGGAGUUACGCAACUGUGAACAUGGAAGGCUCCGAUGGUUCUCCACCCCAUUCCAUGUGGAUGGUACGCGUGGGAGAAUUGUAUCCGAAACCAACACUUGAGAAAGAAGAAGAAAAACUAACUAUUCCCUUCACUGAAUUGGCCGGUGAAGGAGUCAAGUACAUUGGACGUACUUCAGAUGGUGUCUUGGCGCUAUCCAAUUAUAGAAUUUUCCUCCUAAAAUCGUCAAGCAGUACAUUUCAAGAGACAUCUGUGCCACUUGGAUUAAUAGAAUCAGCCCAAGUGAGAGAAUUAUUUCAUCUUGUAAUUAAUUGCAAAGACGCCAGUACUGUCAAAUGCUCUUUCGAUACGGCAGAGCAAUGCUCCGAAUGGCAGAGGCGAAUUUCGCUAUCCGUUGGCGUUCCAGAUAAUCUUGAGUCGCUAUUUGCAUUUCCGUUCUAUGCGUGGGCGUCGGAAUUACCUUGUUCUACAGAUAAUGAAUGGACGGGACGGCUGCAAAAGGCCGGAAACUGUGACGAUGAUUUCCGCAAAGAGGUUGAUCGAUUGCAGUUUGAUUUACAAGGCGCCUGGCGAAUAAGUAGCGUAAAUGCUGACUUCAAAUUAUGUCCAUCCUACCCACGUUACUUUCUCGUACCGUUUUGCAUUUCCGAUGAGACACUCCAGAGUGUGGCAAACUUUCGCAGCUCUCGCCGUAUUCCGGUGGCUGUGUGGCGGCAUAAGACAUCAGGAGCAAUAAUUUCGCGAUGCAGCCAACCCGAAGUGGGUUGGUUGGGUUGGCGCAAUUCCAAGGAUGAGCAAUUGUUGAAGGCCUUUGUGGAUGCGUGCGCCUUCGAUCGGGGUGAGCAGCAACGGAAGAAUGGGGUUAAUGCGCCGCCGGGGAGUGUUUCGUCGGAGAGUGCCCCAUCGAGUCCGGAAGGGAGUCACGAGGAGGUGCGAAUGGAUGAACCAAAGAAAAUUCUCAUUGUCGAUGCACGAUCGUACACAUCAGCUGUGACUAAUCGUGCACGUGGCGGUGGGUGCGAAUGUAUUGAGUACUACCCAUCGGCUGAGAUACAAUUUAUGAAUUUGGGAAAUAUCCAUGCUAUUCGCAAGAGCUUCCAUGCACUCCGGCAGCUGUGCGCCUCACCGCCGGACAUGAAUAAUUGGUUGGGGAAUUUGGAGAGAACUGCAUGGUUGCAGCAUAUGUCGGGGCUACUUGCGGCCUCCAUGACUGUGUGUCGUACCAUUGAGAUUAGUGGACGACCGGUGUUGGUUCAUUGCUCCGAUGGAUGGGAUCGUACACCCCAAAUUGUUGCAACAGCACAACUCUGUCUUGAUCCCUACUACAGGACUGUUGAUGGAUUCCGUACACUUGUUGAGAGAGAAUGGCUGAGUUUUGGACAUAAAUUUGCCGAUCGUUGUGGACAUGGCCCAAAUUCGGAGGAUCUCAAUGAGCGUUGCCCAGUUUUUCUGCAAUGGUUGGAUUGUGUUCAUCAAAUUCAUCGCCAAUUCCCGUGCAGUUUUGAAUUUAGCAUGGGCUAUUUAAUAAAAUUGGCUCAACAUUCUCACUCAUGCCUCUUUGGAACGUUCCUAUGUAAUACGGUGAAGGAGCGCUUGGAUACAUCGGUAUUUGAGCACACAUUCUCCGUGUGGCCCUUCCUUUCGGGGCCAAUCUACAAAAAUCCCCUCUAUAUACCAAAUAGGGAUAAGGUCUUAUGGCCAGCCCACAAUGUUAGGGAUCUUGCGGUGUGGAGUGAGGUGUAUUUGGGGAGUUUGGGUAAUCAAAAUUGUGCCGAUUUGCCACCGUGCACAAGUGAAGAUGAUGCAGAUGCAAAGAAUGACGAAUCAAUGAGCCCAAUGACAAAGACAAGAUCGUAUGGGGAUUUAAUUGAGGCUGGGGGCACUCAAGGUGGCAUGACAAGACGAUCCAGUGAUCCAAAUAUGCCCGUUGAAUCACACAUGAUAAAUUCCAUAGAUUUCUCAGCUGAAAAUUCCAUUGAUUCCACAUCAGAACGCAGUAUCUCACCAACACUCAUUACGCAACAUCUCUCAUCAAUAAUUCACGAUACAACACAAAAAUUGGAGUCAAUGACACAGGAGUUGAAUUUAUCGGAUGAAGAAUUGGAAUUGAGGAGGCAGCAAAGGGAGAUUAUUGCUUUGGAGAAAUCACAUGAAAAUCUCAAUGAACCCUGUGAUCCAUUGAUGCCGGUAAUGACGGCUACUGAUGCUCAUGAAAUUGAUGAACUUGUGGAGAGAGAUAAGAAUGGCUAUGAGAGUAAUAAUUUUUGCGAUCAAGCACACGAAGCAGCACCAUUUGUCGAUGAGACAAAUACAAUAGCAACAACAACAACAACAACAACAACCCAAGACAAUGUUGAUGGAAGUCAUGUGAAUGAUUUUAAUUCAAUAAUGCUUCAAAGCGUUGAUUUGAGAGACACUUCAAUUGAGAAUUGCUCAUCAGUUCAGGUGGAUAAUCAAAAUCCUUGGCAUGGCUCCGUGGAGACCAGUACCGAUACUCUUGUUCCAGUUGUUGAACAUCAACCACUACCGCAUAGACAGUUUAUCAUAAAUGGCGCCGUAAGUCACGCAAGUGUGGGCGAAAUGGAUGCCACGACAAAUGGUUCAUUAAUACGGGGUACGGGGAAUCAUAUUUUCACAUCUGAAGUGACAAUUGCACCCCAAAUGGGGCGUACGAAGAAUCUACCUGAGGUACACAAUAGGCAGAAAUUGGUGAUGCCACAGCAACCGUCACAUCCCAUUAGUGGUGGGGAUAUUGAUGAGAGCAUUCACAUUCAUCCAGAGUAUCAAAGACUUGAUUUGACCAAUGUACGACUAGAUUCAACUAACUAUGGAAAUCCUAUUUAUAAUAAUUCAACUAAUCGACGUAGGAGAAAUUCAUCCAACUCAAAGAGUGAUAUAAGUCCCAAGUAUACAAAUGGAAACAUGUCCCCAAGUGCCACAACAUCGAGAUUUUCAACGCCGGGUGCACGUUCACUGCCGAUGACACCAUCAGGAGUGAUUGAACGGCCCAAUGUGGCGAUUUCGUGCCCCGAUGGCUUGGCACAUGCCCUCAGUGAACAAAAUUUGCGUCUUCAGCAAAUUGUUUAUGAACACAAGUUGCGAGAAGAAGCACUUCAGAGGGAACUCUACAUAACACGCCUAGCUCUUCUAAAGCAAACAUGUCAGCACUGCAACAAUACACAAGUUGUUUCAGAAGAGCAGAAUACUUUGAAGGAUCUUGUGAUGAAUGAAGAUAUAAAUGUAGUAACGCUUUUCAACAGCAGUCCGGAACAGCUUUUCAGAAGGUUUUCAGUGAGUCCUUAUAGUUCUGAGGGGAUAAUAUCUAAUUGUGAUUCGGUGAACUCAAUUGUUGAUGCUGUUGAAAAUGCGUCUGUGUGUUCAUGGGAAGCGGUUGAGGAGCGCAGUGGGGCCUCUUCGGCCAGCAUGCCGAGUCAGUCAGCAUCCAGUGUUCUAUGGGUGCCUGAUCAUGCUGUAUCCAAAUGCACUGGUUGUGAUAUCGGAUUCUGGCUGGGACGACGGAAGCAUCAUUGCCGGUCGUGUGGACAGAUUUUCUGCGCUGAGUGUUCAGAAUUUUGGGCCCCAUUGCCUGAUGAACGACUGUAUUCACCUGUUCGACUCUGUGGGCCAUGCUAUCAAGCAGUAACUACAAAAAUACAGCUACAACACCAUCAGCAACAGCAGCAGAAUCGUAUUCCGAACAGCUUAUGUAGCAGUGCUCAGCAACAGCAACAGGGCACAUUGUUCAAUUUGUCCAUAGUCAAUCAUAAUUACCAACCACCGGUGAGUGGGUGCUCCAAAGUGAAGAACGGUGGUGUUGAACCUGCCGCCAUUGUGAGCAGUAGUAAAUUAGGUGCUGUGAAUAGCCAGGUGACCGUCGUGAGUUCCGCGAUUGGUACCGUGGUGGGCGGGUGUGCACCACCAUCGCCGGCAUCCCUCGAAGACUGCAAACACGCUGCAAAUGGGUCGGCCAAUUGUGAGCGUGAUCGACCACUAAAGGCGCCAACAGCUACAAAUUGAGCAGCAAACAAAAAUAAUGUGAAAGCACACGCGUGAGAAAUUUCAUUCACUCUCCCCCUUCGAGUUUUCUUUUUUAUUUGAAAAAUCAUUUUAAAUUUUAUCGUUUUUUUUAGCAUUCUUUCACAUUGAAAAAAAAAAAGAAGAGAAGAAGCUGGGAAAAAAUGUAAAUAAUUUGUAAACACAAAAAUUAUAAUGUGAAUGAGAGUGCAGUGCGCCGAAGGAAUUUCUUUUGUGGUUUAAAUUCUAAAAGAUGAGCAUUAUAAGAUGUAUAGAGAGUUCAUUAUGUUGUAUUUAAAUUAAAUUCACUUUUGAGUAUAUAUACAUACAUAUAAAUAUCUACACAAAGAGACAUUAAUAAAAAAACAAAUAUUAAUUAAAAAAAAGUGUAGAUUUGAAGGUUUUUUUCACAUUUUAAUUAAAAAAGAUUAAGGAUGAUUUUAUGUGAAAAGAGAAAAGAUGAAAAUAUAUAUUGAAUAGUUUAAUAGAUUUUCAUGAAAGAGAAAUUAUAUUUUUAAAAAAAUAAUUAUGAAUUCGUUUUAACAAAAUGUUAUUAUCACACUAUUUUCCUGACAGAUGCGACAAAACAAAAUAAUAUGAGAGACCUAUUCUGUAUAAACUGAGUGUAGUAGGAGGUAAAAAAAGAGAUAUACCAAAAUUCAUCCUUAGACCAUAAAUUAUAAAUAAUAAAAGAAAUAAAGAAAAGAAAAAACAAAUCAUACAAAAUUUUACGAACGUGAAAAUAAUAUUUAAAAAUUUAAAGAAUAAAAAAAGAAAAAUCUGGCGGUUCUUAUAUGGACAUCCCCCCGAAAAAAUUUGGAAAUGUACUGGAAAAAAUAAUUUUUACAAAUUGCGUCUUUUUAGUUUUAGAAAAUCAACAUUUUUACUUAAUUUUAAUGUUUUUUUUAUAUAUACAUUUUUCUAUCUCCUUUUCCGUUGCAUCUUUGUUGGCAAUUUCAAUGGAUUUAUAAGCUUUAUUUCGGAAUAUUAAGAGAGAAAAAAUUUAGAAAAAAAAGCAAACGUGACGAAAUUUUUUAGACGCAAUGUUGAAAUUUUGGAUAAGACUGGUUGGAAGACUUUUUAGUGGAAAAACUUAUUAAUGAAAAAAAAGGAGAGAUGUAUAGAUUUAGGAAAAAACGCUGUAAUGUUGGAUUUAUUCCAUUUUUUUAUUUGUUAAUCCCGUUAAAAUUUUUUAUUUAUUCACUUCUUUUAGAGAACCUCUUUCGUCUCAAUUUCUUUUUCAUUCUUUUUAACAAUUUUGUUCUCCCCAAAAAUACGCAAGAAAAUGGAUUUAACAGAAAAUUCAUGUCCAAAAAAAGAUUGUACCAGCAUUUUGUUGGAUAAGAUUGAACAAUAGGAGAAGAACAAUAAUAUAAUUAAUUAAAGAAAAAUGAAAGCCUGCGACAGAAAACAAUGUUUGGAGACGUUUUUUCGGAAGGGCUGUGAGGAAUAAUUAAAAAAAAAUAAUAAUACCAUCAAAGCACAUGAAAAUAUAACAAUUUGCGAAAGACAUUUUAUGGAAAAUAAUGCAAUGUUGCGAGAACAUUUUAGCAGAGAAAGAAAAUAAAGUGGAUGCAAAAAAUACGAAAGCA